AUGGAAAAGAGAUGGCUCUUCUCCAUGUUUUAUUGUGUCACCGUGCCCGCUGUCACAGGCCAUCUUCAAGACAUCAUCACACAGUCAAAAGUGGUCCAUGCUCUACCAGGUACCGACGUGACCCUUGUGUGCAGCUUCCCAAGAUCAGAUCACAUCCACGUAGUGCAGGUGCAUUGGUCAAAGACUGAUGGCAACCAUCCCGUUGCAGUAGCUGUUUAUCACCCGAUUUACGGCGCCCUGUACUUUAAAUCUCAUGAGAUGUCUUCCAACUUUUCGGUGUCCUUCAGCAUCAGGAACUGCUGCAGCAGUGAAGCUCAAGAUGCUUGGUGUUUCUCUAGCCCCCAAACCCUUCUGGAGUGCAACCAGUAUGCUCUGCACCUGAGAAACAUUAGUUUCUCCCURAGCGGGCAGUACGAGUGCAACCUUGCUACUUUUCCCUUGGGGACAAAGACUGACAGCAUCCAGCUUGUUGUGGUGCCAGAAGAGGAGCAGCAUUAUGUGAAGGAAGUACAGUUAAACAAGACUUUAGAAAUUCCAUGCCUUGGGAAUGCAACCUCAGAAGAUCUGUCCAAUUAUCCUUUGAAAUGGCUAGUGGAGGAAAAUGGAAGAAAACAAGAAAUUGUAGCUAAGGAUCCUGCCGCUGCUGAAGUGUACAAGAACAGCAGUGUGUUGCACAGAGAAAGAAUCCACCUGGGUCUGGAUAAUUCCCUAAGGAUUUUCCCCACCAAGCUCUCUGAUGACGGCAAGGUUUUCUCGUGCCAUGUGGUGUACCAUCCAGAGCGAACCCGCAAGAGCAGCACCRCAGUGAGAGUCCUGGCCUACCCUGAAAUCUCUGUCACCCUGCAAGAGGACUCAGCUGGCACCUUGCAAAAACCUAACGUUAGCUGCGUGGUGAGGAAGGCGUUUCCCAAGCCCAGCCUGGUGUGGUACGUGGACAGAGAGAUCCUGACAGACCAGCCUGGAGAAAUAUCUGUUGAACAAGAAGAUUCACAAGAUAGUGAAGGUUUCUAUGAGCUACAGUCAACACUGAUGUUACAUGAGACCCUGAAGGCUCAUAAGAUAUUCUCGUGUGUGUGUCUGUUUUCCUUUCCCGGGAAUGAAACAUGGAAUAUUUCAUCAGAAGAAAUAUUUUUUUCUUUUGACAAUCAGUCUAACGAAGUCUCAACACAAGCUUUUUCCACCGUGGCUUCAGAAGGCCGUGGAAAUUCAGCACUUCCAUCAACCAUCAUGACUACCUCAGAGCAUCAGUCUGUAUCUUUGGCCUCAACAGAUUUCACCAGUCAAGCAACCUUGGCUCUGGCUACCACAACACRAGGCUCGGGCAGGACCGCGAGAGCCCGUCCCUUCCCCUGGCCGACGGCCGUAGCCGCCCUGCUCCUCUGCUGCACUUUCCUCAUGGUUUUGGGGAUCAGGAAAUGGUGCCAAUAUCAAAAAGAGAUUAUGAACAGACCUCCGUCUUUCAAGCCACCGCCGCCACCAGUAAAGUACAUGUCCAUGGUGGAGUCCGACGGGGCUCCCCCAUCCUGCCACGAAAUGGAAAACCUGUGA